AUGCCUGCCGACUACCCAUCCACUGACCAUGACAACAGCAUCCCGCCCGUCGUCUCCAAGGGAUACAAGGCCAAGGGCAGCUAUCAGACUAUCAAUGGCCUGAAGACAUACGUCACGGGCCCCGAGACUGCCACCAAGGCCAUCCUGCUCGUCUACGACAUCUUCGGCUUCUUUGACCAGACCAUCCAAGGCGCCGACAUCCUCGCCACCUCCAACGACCAGAAAUACCGCGUCUACAUCCCCGAUUUCUUCGAAGGCAGCCCCGCCGACAUCUCCUGGUACCCUCCCACCACCGACGAACACAAGCAGAAGCUGGGCAACUUCUUCCAAACCCAAGCCGCACCGCCCAAGACCCUCUCCAAGAUCCCCGAUAUCGUCAAGGAAGCCAACCAGGCCGCCCCCGGCGGAGCCUUCCAAUCCUGGUCCAUCCUGGGCUUCUGCUGGGGCGGAAAGAUCGCUGCCCUCUCCGCCGGUGCCGAUAACAAGAUCUUCAAGGCGGCUGCACAGUGCCAUCCCGCAAUGGUCGAUCCCAACGAUGCCAAGACCAUCAACGUGCCUUUCGCCUGCCUGGCGUCCAAGGACGAACCGGCCGAUGACGUGAAGGCCUUCAAGGCGAAUCUGACCGUGCCCAACCACGUGGAGACUUUCUCGACACAAAUUCACGGCUGGAUGGCCGCUCGUUCCGAUUUGGAAGAUCCCGAGGUUGUCAAGGAGUAUGAGCGUGGGUACAAGACAGUGCUGGACUUCUUCCACAGCCACGCUUAA